AUGGUAACAGAAAGCUAUGUAGUGGUACACAACAUUGCAAAGAGACACAACGUGGGCACACUAGCAAGAAGUGCUACAGCAUUUGGCGUCAAAGAGCUGAUACUUGUUGGCCGCAGAGACUUCAACUCUUUCGGCAGCCACGGCUCCUCUUCUCACCUCCCUUUUCGCCACUUCCACUCUCUCACUGAUGCCCGCAACUUCCUCAAAGAGAAAGAUUGUGAUAUUUGCGGCGUAGAGAUAACAGAUUCUGCUUUGCCUGUUAACGAACACCCUUUUAAGAGGAGUACUGCUUUUUUGCUUGGUAAUGAGGGGACGGGGCUUUCCACGAAGGAAUGUGAGAUAUGUGAUUUUUUUGUUUACAUUCCACAGUACGGGAGUGGUACUGCUUCUUUAAAUGUUACUGUCGCAGCUUCUAUUGUUUUGCAUCAUUUUGGAGUUUGGGCAGGCUUUUCCGAAAGAAGCCGUGAUGGACACAAGUUUAUUGUGGCUGAGAGACCUGUGAAACAGGGGAAAUAUUCCACAGAAACAGAAGAAUCCAUAAUCCAGGAAAGGAAAGCUAGGAGGGAAAAUUCUUCUAAUGGAUUCUUUGAUGAGACCAGAGAUGUAGAUUCAACUUCUAGCCUUUUGGAUACCUUUUUUAGUGAGCAAUGA